AUGGUCCGUUUCGUGACUUCGCUCCUGGCCCUGUCGGCCACCGCUUUCGCGACUCAAACCUGCACCGCCAGCAGCCAGUGCCCGGAGGACAAGCCCUGCUGCUCCCAGUAUGGCGAGUGCGGUACUGGCGCAUACUGCCUCGGCGGUUGCGACCCCCAGGCUUCUUUCUCCCUCGAUUCGUGCGCUCCCAUGCCCAUCUGUGAGAGCAAGUCAUACACCUGGGAGAACCUGGACAACUGCGCCCUGAACACCAAGUAUCUCGGCGAUGCCAGCAAGUCCGACUGGACCUACUCCGGUUUCCCCAAGACCGAGGAUAACAACCUGCUCAUGACCAUGCCCAAGGACUCUGUCGGUACCCUGUUCGCCAACAACCACUACAUCUGGUACGGCAAGGUUUCCGGCAAAAUCAAGUCUAGCCGUGGUCAGGGUGUUGUCACUGCUUUCAUUCUGCUGUCUGACGUCAAGGACGAGAUCGACUACGAGUUCGUCGGUGCCGACCUGGCUGCCGUGCAGACCAACUACUACUGGCAGGGUGUUCUCGACUGGCACAACGGCGGCAACGCUUCCGUAGAUGGUGGUGAUACCUUUGAUGACUGGCACACCUACGAGAUCGACUGGACCCCCGAGCAGGUGCAGUGGAUCGUCGACGGUGAGGUCAAGCGCACCCUGCUGAAGUCCGACACCUUCAACGAGACCGCCAACCGCUACCAGUUCCCCCAGACUCCCUCUCGUCUGCAGAUGUCGAUCUGGCCCGCCGGCCAGGCCAGCAACGCCAAGGGUACCAUCGACUGGGCUGGUGGUUUGAUCAACUGGGACAGCCAGGACAUCCAGGAGAAGGGCUACUACUACGCCACUAUCGGCCAGGUCGACAUCGAGUGCUACACUCCUCCUGCCGGCACCACCCAGACCGGCAACACCUCCUACCUCUACACCAGCGAGGCCGCCAUGCAGGCCAACGUUGAGAUUGUCGGCAACUCUACCGUCCUGGGCUCCAUGGGUGCCACCGGUCUGGACAUGACCCUCGGUGCCAACAGCAGCAGCAACGCCACCUCCACCGGCUCCGACAGCGUUCCUACCAACGGCAGCGGCGCCAUCGGCGGUGCUGCCAGCAACUCUUCUUCGUCUACUUCCUCCGGUACCUCCUCUACUGAGAGUGGCUCCUCCGGCACCAGCACCGGCUUCACCCAGACCCCCAGUGCCAGCAAGGACAACGGCGCCCCCAACCAGAACGAGCGUGUUCUGCGUGGCUCGCUCUUCGCCGUCCUGGUGGCUGUUGUCGUUUUGGUGACGCUGUAA